AUGCCGUACGAGUACCACCCGCUGCAGGACGCAGACAUUCGCCUGCUCACGAUCGAGCCUCUGGAGGAUGGCGAAGACUUCUCAGCUCCCAUCCGAUGCACUCUCGAGCAUGUCGAUCUAGAAGCUGCAGCACGGGCUUCAGGCUUCAAGGGUCAGAAUCACGUCUGGCCAGAGACCGAGUCGGCUCGCGAUGUAGCUGCAAUCUUCAAGGACCCCGAAGACGCGCAAGCCCUGGUACAAGUCGGUGAUGCUACCAAAAGCGCCGAAGAACAAUUGCCGGACUGGAAGAGUAACGACAACGACUUACCAUGGAGGCACGACUGGGGCGACUUUCUCGCACUUUCUUACGUUUGGGGCGCGCCAACUCCAAUUCAGUACAUCCUCCUCAACGGCCAUCAGUUUCCCGUCGGACCAAACCUAUUCCAGGCUCUUCUGCAACUCCGUCCAAACGAGAGAAUCCGCCAAGGUUUCAAACUGUGGAUCGACGCCAUCUGUAUCAACCAAGAAGACAUCGCAGAGAGAAGCGCGCAGGUCGGCCGCAUGCGAGACAUCUAUGCGGCGGCGUGGCAGGUCGUGAUCUGGCUAGGCCCAGAAGCUGAUGACAGCGAGCUGGGAAUGUCCGCUUUGAGCUGGGUUGCUGCUAGGAACAGAACUCCCUCCCCAUACGAUGGUUUCUACCGCGAAAGCACAAAGAUCGAUGCCCGUCCGCUGUUCAUCAUCUGGGGAACAUUCAAAAGUCCUUUGAAGAAGACAGUCUACAAAGCGUUGUUUUCGCUACUUUCCAGGCCUUACUGGCAAAGGAUGUGGAUCUUGCAAGAGGUGGCCAUGGCCCGUCCCGAUGCACCAGUUGUCUGUGGCAAGAGUUGCUUGCCGUGGAGGGACAUACACGAAGCCGCAACGUUCAUUAGCAACGAUGAGACGAGGUUCGGUCGUGAGCUUGUGGGCAGCACCCGGCCCAGGAUCUUGGAUUCUUGGUCGUUCGAGUUCGCGAGAGACAGAGUUGUGCAAGAGAGAGACUGGUCAUCAGAGAGAAUGUGGAAUCUUCUAAUGGACAUGACCAAGGUCCAGGAGAACCAGAAGGAGAUUGCACCUGAGGAAGACAGAAGGCACCCCUUUGAAAUCUUACAGCCCCUCGUCUUAGCAAGAGACGCAAAGAUCACAGAAGAGAAAGACAGAGUGUAUGGUAUCUUGGGUAUCAGGGUGAUUGCAGACAGGGUCGACAUCACCCCCAACUACAAGCUUUCCAUGGAGACGAUAUACCGCGACUUUACGGCGCAGCUUGUCUCAAAAGGCAACUUGGAAAUACUUCGAUUCGUGUCGAAAGACGGAGGCCGCAUUCGAGCGCAGUGGAAUCUGGAAGAUGUUCCCUCCGCCUUAAGCUAUCGAAAGCUGACACCCGUCGUUGGACCUGUGUUGAACUCCUUUUCGAGAUCAGACAAGCAGAAUUUGAUAGGCGCGACUUGCCACCACGAACUCCCUACAUGGGCUGUCUGCUGGACCUGCAAGCCAGCGCCCACAGCCCAGCUGCGAGUUCAGGGGGUCAUCUUCGACACUAUUGGCAGCCUAGGCUCGUUUCAUCCCGCAGAGGUCGAUGACACUUACCCCCAGAAUGCCAUUCCGACCACCCACAGUGCUUAUGGCGGACUCGAAGACACCAGAAAUGCCUUGUGGCGUACUCUCCUUGGUGACACAACAGUAGACGGUGGCAGCCAAGCCUCAGAAGAGGGAGCCUGGUUGCUUGACCCCAAGCUUUGGAACCAAGGUGUUGCAGGUGUCUUCACCAACGGCUUCGGUCUUGACGAGCUCAUGUCGCGGAAUAAAAGGCUUGUUUUAGGCGGCCAUACGUUAGAGCAACUCAUCUCCGGUGUCGUCAAGUCUGGUUGGCGCCAGAAGAUCAAGAGUACUGAGAGGAUUUACAACCCGACUGAGGAGCAGCGUGAGGUGUUGUCUUGGGCGAUGAAUGCGACAGCCUGGAGAAGGCUCAUUGGAACCACCGCAGGGAGGAUUGGGCUUGUACCUGCUGCGGCCAGAGCUGAGGACAAGAUUGCGGUCUUGCGAGGCUGUAGCACGCCGAUCGUUCUCAGGGCUUCGGAAGACCGAUGGGAGGUUGUUGGGGAAUGCUAUGUGCAUGGAGUUAUGAAAGGGGAGGUCACUUCUGGUGCAACAGACAUGGGCCCCAUCGUCCUGUGCUGA